AUGACCACCGAGUCACGACCCGGCCGUCUCGCGGGCAAAAAUGCCAUCAUCACAGGCGCAGCCGGCGGUAUCGGCCUUGAAACAACCAUCCUGUUCGCCCGCGAAGGUGCCUCGGUACUACUAGCAGACAUCUCAGAAGCAGCCCUGGCCCAAGCGAUUGAAAAAGUCAAGGAACUUGUCCCCAACUCCCCACGCCUGAGCACAAUCAAAUGCGACGUGUCGAAAGAAUCCGACGUCGCCACCGCCGUGGAGUCGCAGGACCAAUACGGCGGGGUCGACAUCAUGUUCAACAACGCGGGAAUAAUGCACGCACAGGACGACGACGCCAUCAACACGCCCGAGAAGAUCUGGGACUUGACCCACGCCAUCAACGUCAAGGGUGUCUGGUACGGCAGUAAGCACGCAGUGCUGAGCAUGCGGCGCCAUCAGAAGAAGACCGGCUCCGUCAUCAACACGGCCAGCUUCGUCGCCCUAGUGGGUGCCGCUACGCCGCAACUCGCGUACACCGCGUCCAAGGGCGCCGUGCUGGCCAUGACGCGCGAACUCGCCAUCGUUCACGCCCGGGAGAAUAUUCGCUUCAACUCCCUGUGCCCUGGGCCGCUGAAUACUCCGUUGCUACAAGACUGGUUGGGUGACGAUUUGCAGAAGCGACAUCGGCGCGAGGUGCAUUUCCCUAGCGGUCGGUUUGGCGAGGCCAUCGAGCAGGCUCAAGCGGUGCUCUUCCUGGCCAGUGAUGAAAGCAGUUUCGUCAAUGCCACCGAGUUUGUCGUUGAUGGUGGCUUGAGCAAAGCCUAUGUGACUGGCGAGGGUCCUCCAACUGCAGCUCCUAAGAACAACGCACGUUGA